AUGUUGGGAAUUUACAAUGGUGCUGUGAUCAUAUAUGAGUUACCAUACCGUGAUCAUGAAGCUGCACACGCUGAUUUCACUACUCAAUUUUUGUCUGCUUUUGCCAAUCUACCACGUCAAGACCGUGUUUCUUAUACUGCAGCACCAACUUGUUGGGAUUCGGAGCGAAGUUCUGCCAAACAACCUGAUACUUCAUUCGUGCCCAAAUGCUUGCCUAAGCCAUCUCCUCAUCCAAGUGAUGCUCAGGGUAAUCCUUGGCCAACUGUUGUCUGUGAAGUUGCCCGAUCCCAAAGUCUUUCGCAUAUACUCCAGAAGGUCAACUCAUUCUGGUUGGCUCCAAAUCGGUCAGAGGAUGUGAUCGUGCUCAAACUGUGGUCAUGGGAUAAUGAGAGAAAUACGAAUGGGCGACCCUUGCGUCGCUUUACAUGCUAUAAGUUUUGUCGUCAAGCAAGCCUUCUAGCAGGGCAAGCACAAGGAAAUUUCUGGCCAGUUCAAACGCUCGAAUUUGGGACCAUCGAUGGAAAUAAUGCACCGUAUAAUGGUUGUUCAGCUCCGGGAAUGCGUACAGUGACAAUCACACCAGCAUGUGCUUAUCAAGGCUGUACUCCACCAUACCCGCUUUCAGUGAACGUAGUUAUCGAUUUGUUUGAUAUCCAGCAAGCAAUUUUUGAAGCGCAAUGA